AUGCGGGAUGAGCUAAAUGAAAUCGAACGUCAUCGUGUGUGGUCUCUGGUUCCCAAACCUCAAGGAAAGAAAAUCAUUGGCAGUCGCUGGUUUUUCAGGAACAAAAUGAAUAGAUAUGGAAUCUUCAUACGAAACAAAGCUAGGCUUGUAGCUCAAGGGUUUUAUCAUCUUGAAGGGUUAGACUAUGAUGAAAUGUUUGCUCCAGUUGCAAGACUUGGAGCAAUUCAUGUGUUUCUAGCUUUUUCCUCUUUAAAAACUUCAAAGUCUACCAAAUGGAUGUCAAGGCUACCUUUCUACAUGGACAUCUUCUGA